AUGCAGUUGUUGAGCCUGUCCUGGCUCGGCCUGGGCCCCGUGGUCACCUCCUCAUGGCAUCUUCUGCUGCUGUUUGUGGCCUCCUGGCUCCUGGCGAGAAUUCUGGCCUGGACCUACUCCUUCUAUGAGAUGUGUGCCUGCCUCAGAUGCUUCCCUCAGGCCCCUAAACGGAACUGGUUUUGGGGUCACCUGGGCACGAUCCAGAACAACGAGGAGGGCAUGCGGCUGGUGACGGAAAUGGGCCAGACCUUCCGAGAUGUCUAUCUGUGUUGGCUGGGACCCGUCAUCCCUGUGUUGAAGCUCGUUGACCCUGCAUUCAUUGCCCCCCUGCUCCAGGCCCCAGCUUUGGUGGCCCCCAAGGACAUGACUUUCUAUGGCUUCCUGAAGCCCUGGCUGGGGGACGGGCUCUUCCUGAGUGCUGGUGACAAGUGGAGCCGCCAUCGCCGCCUGCUGACGCCUGCUUUCCACUUUGACAUCCUGAAGCCCUAUGUGAAGAUUUUCAACAAGAGUGUGAACACCAUGCACGCCAAGUGGAAGCGUCUGGCCCUGGAGGGCAGCGCCCGUCUGGAAAUGUUUGAGAACAUCAGCCUCAUGACCCUGGACAGUCUGCAGAAAUGCCUCUUUGGCUUUGACAGCAACUGUCAGGAGUCCCCCAGUGAAUACAUUGCUGCCAUCUUGGAACUCAGUGCUCUGGUAGCAAAAAAGUACCAGCAGCUCUUCCUGUAUGUGGACUUCCUGUACUACUUCACUGCUGAUGGGCGGCGCUUCCGCAAGGCCUGUGACCUGGUGCACAACUUCACAGAUGCUGUCAUCAGGGAGAGACGCCGCACCCUCUCCAGCCAAAGUGCUGAUGAGUUCCUGAAGCCCAAGGCUAGGUCUAAGACUUUGGACUUCAUCGAUGUGCUCUUGUUGGCCAAGGAUGAACACGGAAAGGAGCUGUCAGACAAGGACAUCCGAGCAGAGGCUGACACCUUCAUGUUUGGAGGCCAUGACACCACGGCCAGUGCACUCUCCUGGAUCCUGUACAACCUGGCGAGGCACCCGGAAUACCAGGAGCGCUGCCGGCAGGAGGUGCAGGAGCUCCUGAGGGACCGCGAGCCUGAGGAGAUUGAAUGGGACGACCUGGCCCGGCUGCCCUUCCUGACCAUGUGCAUCAAGGAGAGUCUGCGGCUGCAUCCUCCUGCGACAGACCUGGUCCGCCGCUGCACUAAGGACAUUGUGCUGCCUGAUGGCCGAGUCAUCCCCAAAGGCAGCACAUGUGUCAUCAGCAUCUUCGGAGUUCAUCACAAUCCUUCAGUCUGGCCGGACCCUGAGGUCUAUGACCCCUUCCGCUUUGACCCAGAAAACCCGCAGAAGAGGCCACCUCUAGCUUUUAUUCCUUUUUCUGCCGGGUCUAGGAACUGCAUAGGACAGACUUUCGCCAUGAACGAGAUGAAGGUGGCGCUGGCGCUGACACUGCUGCGCUUCCGCGUCCUUCCGGAUGACAAGGAGCCGCGCCGGAAGCCGGAGCUGAUCCUGCGCGCGGAGGGCGGGCUGUGGCUGCGGGUGGAGCCGCUGAGCGCCUGCGCAGUGACCCCACGCCUGCCCUGGGACGACCUCAACCACCCACCUACCUCUACUCACCGCUGAAUAAACAGCCUCACUGAGCGCCAGCAGCGGCUCUAGAGGAAAGCAGCUCCUGUGUCGGGGACAGGCUGGGUUGGUGUCUCUGAACCCCACCCCCGCUUUUGUUCACCUUUGGCCUCUACGCUGCUGAGCGUUUUCCUGAGCUCAAGAAUAGGGUUUUAUUAAAAGUAAUUUUUAUGUACUCUUUGACAACCUCA